UGUUUCCAUAGCAAUGGCAAAAAUUGCGCGACGGUCAGUAGCGUCAAACCCGUCGUCGCUGACAUCUAUAACGAUACCACCAACUAAUUUAAUUGAAAAUAAUUAUAUUACAACACAUCAACAAAAAAGAUCUACACAUUCAAAAUCAGAAACAAAUCUUCAAGAUUCUAUAUCAUCAACAACUCCACUUUCAUAUUCUUCAUCAUUAUCCGAAUCAUCAGCGUCUUCUUCUUCAGAAUCAUUGGAAACUUCAUCAACAUUAUCCUUAUCAUUAUCUCCGUCAUUAUCACCAUCGCCGUCAAUUACUUCUUUGACUGAUAUUGAACCCACAGAAAAAGUUCAAUUAACAACACUGUUUAAAGCAAAUACAACAGAAACAGAAACGAUAGAAACUGAAGUAACAGCUACAACGAUUUCAGCGUCAAUCGAUCCAUUACGUUCUAUUGGUUAUCAACUAACUACUCGCACAAUAUCAAAAAAUUUUGAUAAUAUUAAUAAUAUUAGUAAACAAAGUCAUCGUCAUGGGACUGCAUCUAUACAUCCGAACACACAAAAAACAAGUAAUCAUAAUAUUAAAAAUAUUAAUAAUGUUAGUAAAAUAUCGCAAAAUGAAACAACAAAACCAUUUACAAAUAUACCAACAACAUCAGCAACACCCACAUUUAAAGUUGAUAAAGCAACUGUUCCAGUAUCUACAAUUCCACUUUCGACAGCAAAAUCUCCCGCGGCUUUGGCUGCUGAAAGAGAAAGAGUUCGAAUGGAAUUUUAUGCAACUUAUGAUGUUAUGACCGGUGUCAGGAUAGCAGCAACUUUGGGGGGAUUUUUUAGUUUAAUGGUUUUCCUAAUCGUAUGGAAAAGUCGAAGUCACUCCAAUGAAACUAUAAAAGCUUUGAAGGACCCUAAAACAGCUGCUUUAACGGUUGCUUGUAUGCAAGAAGAAGAAGAUCGUAAAAUUAUCGAAGCUAUGGAUGCCACAGGCUUAUCGAUAUUUCCAGAUGAAUAUGAUACCAUGCUUUUCCGCAGACAGCGAAUGUUGUCCGUUGGUAAUGUUAGUGCUCCACCUGUGUUGCACAGAGGAUUUCGAUUUUCUUCUGUUGGAGGAUAUAGUAGUUUGCUAGAACCUCCGCGAAGGUUUUCAAUAUCGUCUACUGGUGGCGGUAUAUCAACAGCAAGGAGAAGAAGUGCUUCAGAAUCAUCUCGUAUUCUUAGUAAUUAUCCAAUGGGAAGUAGUUUUGGAACAGACGACUAUUUUGUUGAAACCGAUGACGAACUGGAUGAAGAUUAUGAAAACUUAAACCAAACUGAACAAAAACUUUUACAAAACCAAGGAUUUUUGGAAGUUCCACCUUCAGUACAUCAAGACACAAGACGAAGCAGUGCCAUGACUUGUUGCAGUACUGAAAGUUCAUAUUUAGAACGACGUUGUUCAGCUCUUACAUUAGGAAUUAAUAAUCUACCUCCCGAAUUGCGUCAAAAGGACGAAUCAAUUAAAAAAGCGAGGCGUGGUUCCAGUACUGAUACUUGGGAUUACUAUUAUCCAGAUAUUCAAGUUAUUCAAGCGACACCUAAAUCUUCACCAUUAGCAAGUGAUAAAGAUUUUGAAAAAGGAGCCACAUUUAAGCAAGCAAGAACUAUUUCACAAGAUACCACAACAACAGCUGCCUCUGGCGUUUCUUCAAUAACACUUGACAGCUCUGGUAGCAGUUGGCAAAAAAAUAGUAUGAUCUGUUUCUAUGAUCCAGAAAGCUUGCAGGAACGAAAAUUACCAUCUAUAGAUUCUGAGCACAGUUUAGACUUUUGCCAGUCGAACACAACCGAAGGUGAAGAUGACUCUUCAGAUAAAUUAGAGAUUCAAAGUAGACGCUUACAAAAACACCAAACAAGACAACCGACAAUUAUUACAACCACGUCAGCAACACCGUCACCAAAAACUUUGACUGAUAAGUUUGAUGAUAUGCGAGAUUUUAAGCUAAGAAAACUAUCAGAUGCCUCUAGUUGUAUAAAUAAUAAUACAAGUUUUACUUAUUACGUCAGUAACAAUAAUAACAUAUUUGAUCACUCCGGCAGUUGUAUUACGCCAGGAAUUACUCAACCACCUUCUUCAACAUAUUCUGUAAGCCGCGCAGUUAGAUCAAAUUUACGAGGGGUUGGUACUAUCGGUGGAACGGGAAUUGGUCGUGCUCCAUUGGCUUCAUGUAGCUCUUUUAAAAUGUCAUCCGUUGAAUGCCAAGAUUCAGAUUUACGAUCCAGUCUUGGAGAUGAUGAAUCUGUAUUCAUUGAAAGCUAUGCAGACACAGAUGACGAUUUGGAACAGUUUAGUACUGAUAGUGAUGAAAUCAGUUUAGAGGUUAUUCAAGCCGCUCAAAAUGAUGCCAUACGAUAUAUUGAUGAUAAUGGUUUAAUAUCAACACUGCCAAUAAACAACCAACGUCAACCAACAAGUGACAGUUAUAAUCCAAAUAGUUUCUAUGAACACCAAUUAUCAACAAAAUCAGCUCCUCCGGAAAUUUUAAAUGGCAAAAAGCCUGAAGAUUAUAAAAAACCUGUUGGGAAAGGAGCCAUAUUAAAGCAAAACUAUCAACGUACAUCUACAGAAAGUCAUCGAACACUUUCGGUUUCUUCUAGUGAUAAGGUUCUACUAGUACCAAGAUCUAAACAAGUGGCAUCAUAUGAACAAAGUGUUGGUAAAAAAUUCAAAACAAAAUCAAAUGUUGAUAGCCAGCAUAUUAACGCACAAUAUAGUAAUAAACGUUCUUCUUCAAAAAUAGAACAACACCAAAACAAACAACAUUUACAUCAAUAUCAACAGCAAGAAGAAUUGUUGCUUAAGCCUAUACUAUCGCCUGGAAAUACUCCACUAUUAGCUAUAAGACGAUCUCAGCUUCAACAACAAUAUAGCGAUCCAUCACAUAGCUUGCCAACUACAGAUGAAACGGUAACACUUGAGACUUGUUCAACCGAAAUACCAGUUGUUACUACUAUUGUAACGACAAAUUUGACUGGAACUUCGACAACAACUUCAGUAUUUUCACCUACAGCGACCCAUUUGGGCAUUCAAAUUCCAGCUAAUAGAAAAUAUUAUGAUCAACAUAAACAAAAACCACCAAUAAUCAUUAAAAAACAAUCUAGCUUUAGUUAUGAUAAUAAUAAUGAUAGCUCAAUUAGUAGUAAUAGUAACAGUAAUAGUAUCAAUAAAAAUUUAAAUAAGAAACGUUUAAGUAGCAGUAAACAUACACAUAAAAAAAUUAAAAUAAAAAAUCGCACUGCAUUAAGUGAUUCUUCAAUCCCACCAUAUCCACCACAAUCAACAAACGUUAAACCAUCAUCAACCGCUAGAGCAUCUGAAAUAUUAAUACCACAAACUUCACAAACAAUCGAAUCUACAAGAAAAAUUAGUAAUGAUGAUCUACUAAUCAAUACAAUUAAAACACAACCAAUAGAUUGUAGGCAAACGGAUUUUUUAAGUGAAAAUGUAAUUUUACCUUAUGGAUCACAAUAUCAUGGUGAUCCCUUCCAUACAACUGUUAGUUAUAGUACUAGUGAUAAUAGUAAACAUAUUAUUGAUGAUCGUGGAAUUAGUUUAGUUGAUUCACUAAAUCAACAACAAAGAAAUCAAUUUGUUGAAAAAUACUCUAGUAGGAAUUUAUUAAAAAAUAGUGACAAUUUUAGUAAUUAUAGUUCAACUAAUAUUCCAAUAUUAAAUCCAAGUACUGAUAGAAAUGUUGAUGAUAUUAAUAAAAAACAAAUUGUUGAUGUUAGUAUUGUUAUUGAAGGCGUUGAAAGUGAAGAGAGUUCAACAAAUAAUGUUAAUAACGUAAAAACAAAUAUUAUUACAAAUAAAAGUAAAAAAUUAUUAGAUAAUUCUAAAAAUAUAACAAGUACUUCUGUGAUGUUAGAAUUACCUGUUAUUAAAGUACCAACCGAUAUCGAAGAUGAUGAUAGCGUUAGUAGCAAUAGUAGAAGUGUUGAUGAUAUUAAUGAAUUUAAUAAUAAAGUUGGUAGAGUGCGUAGUAAAAGUGAAAGAUGUGAUCCUCCAAUUCGUGACCCUAGUUUACCUGGUACAUCACGCAAAUGGUCAAAAGAAACGCUUUUUUAGCUUUCAUUUUACUCUUUUUCUAAUUGAAAAUUAUUGCUUUUAUUUUAAUUAUUCGAUUAUUUUAAUUAUUUUUUAUUUUUAAACAGUAAUAACUAUUAAUGUAAAAGUUAUUUUUAGAGGCAUUAUAUAACAAUAUUAUUCAAAUUUAAAAAUUUGAUUAGAAUUAAAAUUUUAGAAAUAGAAAUAGAAAAAAUAAUAGCAAUAUAAUAUAGAAAUAAGUUGAAUAUAAUAUUUAUUUGAGCUAGUGCAGUCUAAAGUCUGAGUCCAUUAUAGGUAGAUAUUCAGAUUUUUUUGGGCUUGAACAAUAAUUAAGUCUAAUGACCACUAUUAAUAUAAUAUUUUCAAAUCUUUUAAAAAUAGUUCAUUUAUAUUUUCACUACCAUUUUUACAUUACAUAAAAAUUUUGUAAUAAUAAAAAUAACUACAAUAAACUUCAAUAAAAUCAUUAAUAACCUUAGAAACUAUAUUUUAAGAUCUUUUAAAAAUGUUGUCAAUUAUUAGGUAAAUACAGUACAAUCUCUAUAUAAAAAACGCAUAACUAAAGGUUCAAAUUCCAAGACUUUUAAAAUUAAUAACUUUAUAAAUUGGUUACUAAGAUUUUAUUUUCUUGCAGAAAUGUAUAUACAUAUGUAUAACAGUUUUACCCUAUUAUAAUUUUCCGUAACAAAAUUUGGAGUCUCUAAUAUCUUAUCUACCAAUUGAAAACAAAAAAUUGAAUAUUUUCCAAAUUAUGUACAUGUAUCACUUUGUCCCGAAAUGCGAUAGGAAAAAUCAACAAAUUCUCUUACUUUGUUUUAGAAAGGAGACAUUUUUAUUUCGGCAUGCUAAUACUAAGAGAAAGUCAAAACAGGACUUGAAACAGAAAAUUUCUAUAUUAUUAAUAAAAUGCAAAAUACAAAAAUUCUAUUUUAUAGUUGGCGUAGUUAAAACGAUAUUGAAAUGAUUUUAUCUUGACUCAUGAUCAAUAUUUAAAUUUAAAUUUUUAAGAGCAACUGAUGUUUUUCUGUAAUUCGUGAUGCAAUAUUUAUAUUUAUAUGUCAAAGUUCUUACGUUAGUGGUGUUGAAAUCAAUUGACCUUAGAUUCGCUCAUUCUCAAGGAAGGUAAAAAUUUUAACUAUGAUGAGACUAUUAAUUUAAUAAAAUUUAGAACGAAAACUCUUCAGGAAUCUUCUUUUAUUAUAAAAAUUCAAAAUUAUUUCUGUAUCUACCAGUGAUGAAUUCUAUUAUGUAUAUACAUACAUUGAUUUCGAAAAACAAGUCAUUUUAUUUGAACUUUUAUUUCUUCU